ACCAGAGUUCACGUGAUGAUGGUUUACAGUCCUUGACGAGAUCACCGAGGUAAAGUUGUCCUUUACUUUUGUAAAAUAUUUUCUUUAUAUUGAUCAUUUGGGUGCGUCUUCUCUAAUGCCUUACGUGUACUUUGUCCACAAGGGCCCUCGAGACCUCCUUCGUGGCCGUGACGAGGGCCGGCCGGCCGCACUCCCGGGCCGGAUAGACCCAGGCGACAAGGGCCCUCCCGCUCGCUUUAUAACCGCUCCCGCGCACGGCCCCGCGUGCCCCCCACCCACCCCCACAGGCUGUUACAGCCAAGACUACAACCACGCGCUCCUCCGCGACAACCCCAUCAACUAACGCCAUGCGCGGGGCAGUGCUGCUCUUCCUCCUACUCGGCCUGCUGGCUGCCAGCGAGGCACGCAAGAAGAGGUCCAAGGGAGAUGGGUUUGGGGAACACAUCGACUGGGUGCCCACUCUGGAGACUGCUCUGGAGAAAGCCAAGGCCAGUGGAAAGCCGAUCAUGCUCGUUCUGCACAAGGAUUGGUGUCCCCGCUGCCAGGAUUUGAAGCCUCAAAUUUCCGGGAGCACGAAGAUUUAUCGAAUGAGCGGGGACUUUGUGAUGGUUCAGACAGAGGAGGACCCCCAAGGAGACCAAUUUGCGCUGGAUGGACACUACGCCCCGCGCAUCCUGUUUCUCCAUCCAAAUGGGCAGGUGAUGAAAGAGGUCUACAACAAGAGUGCUCAUCAGUACAAGUAUUACUACUCUCUGAGCAAACAAAUUGAGGAAUCCAUGGACAAGGCGAAGGAGUUGGCCUACCGUGAGCUGUAGUGACUACACCACAACCAACACCAACACCACCAUCAUCAUCAUCAUCGGACCACCAUCGUCUCCACGUGAUACCACCGUGACAGCUGCCCUGCUGCCUACGUUGUUGCGAAGACAUCACCAGAAUCGCCGCACGUCUCUCUGUCUCAAUACGUUCACACUUCAAGCAGGCCACACUAACCCAACGAACACGCUGAACAACGUUGGGUCAACGUUAUUUGGCACGUAGUCAAAACCAGUUGUUGUGCCCAGCGAUUGCGCUCAAUGUUGGCCAGGUUUACUGGGGUAAAGCUCUGCUUGCCUACCUACACACGUGUGUGUGUGUGCUGAGCCGUGCAGAGGAUUUGUAAAUAAAGAAAACCGUCAUGGUAACGUGGAAUUUCGACGGCGCACCUCCUCCUCACUCGCGUCGUUACACCAAGAAGCGCCGUUCAAAGUGGUUCCACAUCGCGAUCGAUAAUCGGGGCGACAACGGCCACAAUAUCAUAGACCAUUCACUGUACAAAGGAACGUGCAAAUAAAAAAUAUACAACCAAACUGCAAUCUCCGUCGUUCGUCUGUCUCCUGGUACACCAGUGGUCCUUGAACUUUACUGCAGCCUGCACCCUUUUGGUUCUCGAUCGUAAAAAAAAUGCAUUAUGUUAAUAAAUACGCAGGAGUUUUGAUGAAACAAAGUAAGUUGUAACGUACGUGCCCGUGCUGAAUUUGUUUUCGAUUCUAAACAAAAUCUUGUCGUGUCUCGCAUCCCCAGAAAGAGCAUCUCGUGUCCCCAGGGGGUGCGUACACCCCAGGUUAAGAACCACUUGCCUUAUAUAAUGCACACACAUGACGAGUAUGAUGAUAAUAAUACUGUAAUGGUGAAGUCUUCUAUCGUACGGCUGAUAUAAAUGCAGAGCAACGACUACAGUUUCACAUUUAGGUGGGUCAAGCCAGAGAACCGCGUCAGGAGUAGCGGAGUGUAUCAUCGC